AUGAUUCAAUUACAUGGUCUCACUAGCGCAAGUGAAACCCCUCAUGCAUCUGAAAAAGAUGCCGCGUUGGCGGUGGUGAGCGAGGUAGCCCAGGAAAUCGAUCCAGUGGUCGAGAAAAGAGUCCGUCGCAAGAUUGACUCCUAUUUGAUGCCGGCUAUGCUCAUAGGAUACGGAAUGGUCUACUACGACAAGGCAAUUUUGGGCUCCGCAUCUCUCUUUGGUUUCAUUGAAAGUGUGAUCCCCACAGGGUUCAUGACCAUAGUCAGUGGGUAUUACACACAAGAGGAACAAGCUCUAAGGCAGGCAUGGUGGUUUUCAGGAACUGGUUGGUUCACCAUAAUUGGUGGCGCUCUGAAUUACGGGUUUGGUCAAAUUACAUCCGGGGGUUUGAAAAGAUGGCAAUACAUCUACAUCCUUGCUGGUGCAAUCACCUUUUUGUUUGGCUUGUGGUGCUGCACGAUGCCCAAUUCUCCAGCUUCGGCUUGGUUCUUGACCCCGGAAGAACGAAAGGUUGCCGUGGAGAGACUAAGAAAGGGACAAACCGGUGUCCGGUGCCAGAAGAUAAAGGUCGACCAGAUCAAAGAAUGCUUGACAGAUGUGAAGAUCUAUCUAGUGGCUAUCAUGAUGGCGGCGUCAUAUACUAUCAACGGUGCCAUCUCUGGGUUCGGACCUUUGAUUGUGUCAACUUUCGGCUAUGAAACUCUUGAUUCUAUCCUAUUCCAGUUUCCAGUCGGAGGGGUUUGUGUCAUUUUCAUUCCGCUUUGCGGUUAUAUCUCUACUAUCGUUCCCAACACUCGCAUACCUAUGCUCAUCGCCUGCUGCUUGCCUGUCAUUGCUGGUUGUGUGAUGAUCUGGAAAUCACAAUGGGGAUAUCAUCCCGUCACGCCAGUUGUUGGCUAUGCACUGACUGGCUUCUUUGGGCCAGUAGUCAGUUUGGUCAUUACAAUCGGUGCCAGCAACGUUGCUGGUGCUACAAAAAAGACCGUCAUGGCAGCGACCGUCUUUGUGGCUUACACUGUCGGCAACAUCAUUGGGCCACAGUUGAUAAAAAGCAACACCAAGUCACAGCAUUAUCCAGAGUUGUGGACGGGCAUGAUCAUCUGUUAUUGUAUCACGAUAGCCGCCGCGAUUGUGUUAUAUUUUGUACUUCGACGAGAAAAUCGAAUCCGCGAAACGUUAGACUUGGAUGAAGUGCAGCGAGACAAGAUUGCUUUCGAUGAUCUGACCGACAAGCGAAACCCAUUCUUCCGCUAUGCUUUAUAG